AUGUCCUUGGAUAAGUUCAUCCGAUUGUCUGACAGGCUUGUCGAAUUUGAGGCACUCCUUAAUGAUAAGCAUACCAAGUUGUCCUCAUGUUAUGCUGUUGAGACGCACAAGGAGGAAGUCAAGGAAAUUUGGGAUAGGCUGAAGCCAGUUUACGAGCAAUGCCUUGGCGAUUUGGAAGAGGAGGCAGUUGGGGAUGAGAUGCCUUUUGGGGGAAAUGACGAGAAGGCUUCUGAGGUUGAAAUGGUCAAGUCAAAGUUUAGAAGUGCUUUCUCAACUUAUUGUCGAUGCGUUGAACAUUUAGGGGAGGUGCUUCAACAGCUCUCCCAACCCAUUUCUACAACGGCUUCGAAUCAACCUCAGGGAUUUAAACUCCCACCAUGUGAAAUUCCUACAUUCGGUGGCGAUUAUCCCACAUGGCCCACAUUCCGGGACAUGUUUACGGCGGUCUGUAUUCGGAAUUCUCGUCUUAGUCCGGUGGAGAAGCUAUUUCAUCUGACUCAAAGGACGAAGGGAGAGGCCAAUGAGAUAGUGAGGAAAUUCCCUUUGACUCAGGAGAAUUUUGCCUUGGCUUGGAGAAGUCUUUGUUCACGGUACGAGAACAAACGGGUUCUUGUCAACACUCAACUGAAGGCACUUUUUAAUAUUUCUUCCAUUCAUUCAGAAUCUGCCGGCGCACUUAAGUCUCUUCAGCGAGACAUAAAUGCUUGCAUCUCCAUGUUGAAGCUUUAUGACAUUGAUGUUGACAGUUGGGACCCCAUUUUCAUUUAUAUAUGCUCCAGUCGUCUUCCUGACGUGACCCUUACUUUAUGGGAACAGACAUUGGAGGACAAAACUUUAAUUCCGAAAUGGUCUGUCUUCGAUACAUUUCUGACAAAUCGACAUAGGACCUUAGAAUCUGUGUCCGAAAUCCGUAAAAAGGACACGAUGUCGACUGGCUCUAAUACGGGGCAGAGGUCAUGCCCGAAGUCCGGGGGCAAGAACAUAAGGGCUUUUCAGAAUAAAGUUUCUGAGUCCAACUGCAAACUGUGCCCUAAUGAGGUUCACGUUAUUCGAAAGUGUCCUAAGUUUUUGCAAAUGAGUGUGAAUCAGAGGUUGGCGGAAAUUAAGAGAUUGAGUCUAUGCCUAAAUUGUUUUUCCAAAUCCCAUUCCGUGAGACACUGUUCGAGUAAGUUUUCUUGUCUGAAGUGCAACAAACGCCACAAUUCUUUACUACACCGAGAACAGACGCCUUCGACCCAGGGCCAGCCCGAUACGAACGCUCAUACCACUUCCAGUUCUGUCACAUCUCCGAUACCAAAUUCCUGUACUCUACAGUCCACUAAUUCCGGAGGUGGUUUAAUACAGACAUGCUUUUCAAGUCAUUCCAAAGGGGUUCUGUUGGGCACGGCUAUGGUGAAGAUUUGUCAUAAUGGUUUGGAUUAUCUGGCAAGAGCACUAGUUGAUUCAGGUUCUGAGGGUACCUUCAUUUCCGAGAAGUUGUUCAAUCAGCUUAAAUUGCCGUUCAAACGUAUGAGUGCGAGUAUUUCGGGGUUAAAUAAUACAAUUUCCGCCUCCGUUCAGAAGGAAUGCCGUUUCAAGUUAAAUUCAAUAGUGGAUCCGAAUUUUGAGGUCUGGGCUUCAGCACUGGUGGUACCACAUUUGUCAGGAAGCCUGCCAUCGAGAACCUUUCAUCCGAACUCAUUAGUCGAUUUGCCCGACAUUCCUUUUGCAGACCCCCGGUUUUAUGAAAGUUCCAAAAUUGAUCUUCUUCUAGGUGGGGACAUUCUUCCAUUUAUAAUGCUCUCGGGCAUUAGACGAGAAGUCUGUGGAUCGUUGCUUGCACAGGAAACUGUAUUUGGAUGGAUCCUUACAGGUCCAAUUCCUUCUGAAUCCAUUCCUUCAUCUCCUAGAGUUGUGUCUUAUUUUUGUGAAGUUGCUCUAGAAUCACUGAUUUCCCGUUUUUGGGAGGUGGAAGACCUUCCAAGGAAGACGUUUUUAUCUCGUUCAGAUCAGUAUUGUGAGGAUUUGUAUGCAGCGACUACUACAAGGGAUAAAGAGGGCCGAUAUAUGGUUUCACUUCCAUUUAGGGAGGGUUUUCCGGAGGAUGUUAACAUCGGUCACUCUAGAAACUGUGCGAUGGCACAGUUCAUAAGGAAUGAGGCACGUCUUCUCCGAAAUCCAGUUUUCAAGUCCGAGUAUGACAAAGUGCUUGAGGAAUAUACGUCCUUAAAGCACAUGUCCAGGGUUUCUGCCCCUAAAGAUGUACACUCUUGCGAUUAUUAUUAUUUACCCCAUCACGCCGUUGUAAAGCCCGAGAGCACUACGACAAAAGUGAGGGUGGUAUUCAAUGCCUCUUCCCCCUCAUCCAAUGGUGUCAGUUUAAACGAUGUUUUAUAUGCUGGCCCUGUUUUACAGAAUGACCUUGUCGUGCUCAUUCUUAGGUGGAGAUUUUUCCGUUAUGUAUUCAACGGGGACAUAACGAAAAUGUAUCGGCAGAUACUAAUACGUCCGGAACAUAGAGUUUUCCAAAGAAUUCUUCACCGUAUAGACCCUAAUGGAAGUAUUUCUGACUACGAACUCGAUACGGUGACUUUCGGAGUCAAUUGUGCCCCCUUCCUUGCCAUAAGGACUAUCCUGCAGUUGGCUGACGAUGUGAAAGAGUCAUUUCCAUUAGCAGCCCAUAUAUUACGGGAUUCGAUGUAUGUGGACGAUGCUCUCGCAGGUGCCCACACAAUUGAGGAUGCGAUUGAGUCGAGAAAUCAGCUUAUUAGAGCUUUGAUGUCCGCUGGUUUUUCAAUGAGGAAGUGGGCAUCUAAUUCCAAGAUGGUCCUUUCCGACCUUUCUACUGACCAACUGCUUUCCGAGGACUUUUUGAAUUUAGAUGACCGAAGUACUGCUAAAACUUUAGGCAUUCGCUGGAAUGCAUCUUCUGAUUCAUUUUACUUUUCUACUUCACCAUUUCCCGACAAUUGCAAAUUUACGAAAAGGGAAAUUUUAUCGCAAAUCUCCAAACUCUUUGACCCUGCCGGUUGGUUGGCCCCAUGCAUUGUUAUAGCGAAAAUGAUUAUGCAGACUAUUUGGACCGAAGGUACAAAGUGGGACGAGGAAGUUUCCCCACAAUCAUUGUCUGGCUGGAGAUGUUUUCAGUCUGCAUAUCCGUCAAUAAAUUCCAUUGUCGUGCCAAGGUGGUUUGAGUAUAGCCCAGAUUGUGAUAUCCAGUUUCAUGGUUUCAGUGACGCCUCAGAGAAGGCAUACGCGGCUGCACUCUACGUUCGGAAAGCUUACUUUCCCGACGAAUAUUUGGCACUGUCUGCGAAGAAAACUAUUGCCUCCAAAAGCUCAUUAUUAAGUUUAAAUCCAUUCCUGGAUGAUGAAGGUGUUAUGAGGAUAUGUGGGAGGCUGACAUCAUCUCCGGUCUUGUCGUAUAAUGAAAGACAUCCGGUUAUACUUCCGUAUAGUAGCCAGUUAUCUCGUCUCCUGGUUAAAUUCACCCAUGAGAUUUCCAUUCAUGGUGGCAACCAACUGGUUCUCCGUUUGCUUCGUAUGCAAUUUUGGAUAAUCAAAGUUAAAAAUUUGAUUAAGACGAUUAUUAACAGAUGUAAACCGUGCAUCCUUUAUAAGCAACGGUGUCAGCGACAAAUGAUGUCCGCACUGCCUCCAGAAAGAACUGAAAUUUUCAGGCCUUUUACUCACACUGGUCUGGAUUUCACUGGGCCAUUUGAUAUAAAGAAUUAUUCCGGCCGGUGCUGUCGCAUCACCAAAGGCUAUGUAUGUGUCUUUGUGUGUUUUGCGACCAAGGCCAUUCAUUUGGAACCCACAUCAGAUCUGUCCACCAACACGUUUUUGGCGGCUUUUACUAGAUUUGCUUCACGGCGUGGAUGUCCUCUCCAUCUCUAUUCCGACAAUGGCACUAACUUCGUUGGUGCGUCCAAGGUCUUGGCAAGAGAUUUCCUCCAAUCAUCCCAGCAGUUACUUGAGUCCAAAUAUGCUCACCAGGGUAUAGCAUGGCAUUUUAUCCCUCCUGGAGCCCCACAUAUGGGUGGGCUUUGGGAGGCAGGGAAUACAACACAGGCUUCAAAUACAAAUUCAAAACAAAACAAAACCACAUAUCAAAGUGCUAAACUAGAAAAAAGUGAAGAACUAAAACAACAACAACAACAAUUAACCCUGAGAAACAUUAAAGUUAACUCAUCAUGUCUGAAGUGCCAUCAGUGA